CAACUUCUCCCACGCGUCAGAGCCGUUUCCAGCCCAAUCCGGAUGAGCCAGACGUAUAUCCUGGGGAUAUAUUCCUCGGUGUCUCCCUCGGAAGGAAAACUGUCUGGAAAUAGGGAGCUACUUAAGCCGUCGUCCCCACGAUUUAGGUCGUCAGAAGGGGGUUAGCCUGCAGUUGCUGUGGACAGGGCGAGGCCGGGCGAGAGUCUCGUGUCGACGAGUGCGUGAAAUAUGGAGAAUUGUAAUGACAUCAUGGACACCAAGACAACUCCACUGGCAGCUAAUUAUGAAGAUGAGGGUAUGAUGGACGACAUGGAAUUGGAGGUAACCAUUAAAGGAGCAAUUAUGGAAGAAAGCGAAGUCUUAAGUCCUAGUCAGGUUAAGAGUCCUCCAGACGAAGACAUCUACUACAACAGAGAAAGUGGACGAAAGAUCUGUGGUGUCUGCAAGAGGUCGGCCAAAAGGUCCCAUUUCGGUGCGCUUUGCUGCGACUCGUGUAGAGCAUUCUUCAGACGAAGUGUCCAAAACAGCGUCUGGGAAACCUUCAUCUGCUUUAAAGGAAAUCGCUGUGACAUCAGCGAAAACAGGAAGGUCCUGCCAGUCUUGCCGGUUUGCCCGAUGCCAAGACAUAGGCAUGGACAUGUCCCUCGUCAUGACAGAAGAAGACAGGAAAGCGCUCAUGACCCGGAAGCUCGAGAAACGAAGGCAGAUAGUCAGCGAACACAAGCGUCACGAGAUCACCGCCAACCACGGGAUGAUGCAGCUGGACACGCAGCCUCUUAUGACUCAACAGCAGAUCUGCAGUGACGAAGGCGGCCAACUUGGCAGCGACGAAACACAGCAGGAGGGCAAGAUGACGAGCCUCAGCGAAGUUGACAUGGCUAACGGACACAAAAUAAAAAAACUUCAGAGGGAUCUUCGCUUGUGCCUCUCCUUCCAAGAUUUGCCCCCCUCCCAUUACGAAGUGCAACCAGAAAUCAUGGAAAGCCUUUUCAUCACCUUCUGCAAAAACAUGGGCAGAUUUUUCAGCUCUAUUUCCAGAAUUCCGAAACCUGGACCCUGCUUACCAGGAGCUCUUGCUAAAGCCUGCUGUGGCAAAGGCGAUGUUCAUCUUGGGCACUUACCAAUUCGACUCUAACCAUAACUGCUGGCCGAGGGUGCUCUCGACGCCUGACUGCACAUUUCCAAUCAUUCCGAUGUCAACCAUGGAAGAUUUUAUUGACGACGAUCGUACAGUGUGGAAAUGGAAGGACUACAUUAAAAAAUAUCAAGCAUUCCACACAGACGAAGUGGUUGCGCUUUUAACAGUAAUCAUUUCUCUAUUUGACCACAAAGACUUGAACACGGUCGAGAUACCAGACAUAUCCAUUCGGAAGACCAGAUAUAUCCAGCUGUUCAAAUUCUUCCUGCAAAAGCAAUUCGGGGAAACGUCACAUACCAUGUAUUGCCUUUGGGAUGUCUUGAGAGACGUUGAGGAACUAAGAGAAUGCUUUGAACAUUCUGCCACGAAUUAAGACGCUACAGCAUUCAGUAGUUACUAUAUUUCCCGAGGCUAUUCAUCGUUCUAAGGCGAUGACAACACAGCAACAACCAAAAUAAUAUUAGUAAGAAUGAUAGUACCUCCGCCCGAUUGAGACCUUUGGCGCAUAGCGAAGCUAGCUAAUAAAGCUAAUGUAUGAAAAGUAUCAGUAUCCUAACUUUUAAAAUAAAUAAACACAUUUUGUUUUCAUAUUCCCUCGUGUUUUAUGUUUUGUAAUAAAACUCACACGGUUACAGUCAUAAAAUAAAAUAAAAUACA